AUGAAGAUUUCCGCCGUAGAAAAGGAACUUAAAUUCGUGGAAGCUUUGGAAGGAACUUGUGAGCGAAUGCUGCAAUAUAAACUGCAUAAGGAGAAAUCAGACAUUUCACGAUUUGCCAGAGAGGAAAGUAGCACAAUGAAAGCUUUAAAUGAACUGAGGAGUAAAGGAGUUAAGGUCGAAUUAGGAAUGCCGUACGAAAUGUGGGAUGCACCGUCGGUUGAAGUCAUAACAUUAAAACAGAAUUGUGAAAUAUUGUUAGAGCGUUAUGAAAAUGAUCUCGAACAAUGGUAUAAUAUCCGGGACAGACCGCUACUUGAGGAAUAUCUUUGUAAGAAACGAAUAUUAAAACCCACGGAACGUGAUUGUAUGGAGAAUUCUCAUAAUGUGGAGUUAUAA